GACUGAGAAGCAGGGGGGAGGCGGGGCGGGUUAGUGGUGUAGGGCUAGGGUCUGUGGUUAGGGAGGGGGCCCCACAUUCAGGAGAGGACGGAGAGCGACGGUGGGGACUGCCCUGGGGACCAUGUCCACCACCCCGCCCCCUUACGCCCUUCCACUUCCAGUCUUGGCGGCGGAUGAGGCCAAGCUCGCGGACCCAGGUAAGCUGGUCAGAAUGCUGCAGUCGCCAAGCCCCGCGGGCACGUCCCAGUGACUCAGCCCUUGCCGGGAAGGGGGAGUCCGCCCCGCUCCCCAGAAUUUCCAUACAACAGACUGAUCCGGGCUGGCUCCCGGAGUUCCAGGCCGAGCCCCGCACCAGGCUGCGCGGCCGCGGGAGCCGGACCCCUUCCUCCCGGCCCGGGGGCCCCCCACUUCCGGCCGAAGCCACCUGGCCUCAUCGCGGGGACGCGGCCUCGGGUGGCGAAAGCCCUGGGGACCGCAGCGGUCCUGGCCUCGACGGCGCCGCGAGGACCUUUGAGCGUCGUCCCGGGCCGAUGUCCCAGGUGAGUGGCCAGCGCCCCCCUCACUGCGACGCGCCCCAUGGAGCCCCCAGCGCAGCCCCCGGCCCAGCCCAGACCCUAUCCCUCCUGCCUGGGCUGGAGGUAGUGACAGGAUCUGCUCAACCUGCGGAGUCAGCGCUAGAGGAGGGCUCCCUGGAGGAGGUGGCACCCUUCAUGCCCCAAAGCAAUGGUCCUGGGGCCUCCCAGGCCCUGGACAGCACUGACCUCGACAUCCCCACAGAAGCUGUGACACGCCAGCCUCAGGGGAACCCCUUGGGCUGCACCCCACUAGUGGCGAAUGGCUCUGGCCACCCCUCGGAGCUGGGCGGCACCAGGCGGACAGGGAACGGUGCCCUGGGUGGCCCCAAGGCCCACCGGAAGUUGCAGACACACCCAUCUCUAGCCAGCCAAGGCAGCAAGAAAAGCAAGGGCAGCACCAAGUCUGCUGCCUCCCAGAUCCCUCUCCAGGCGCAGGAAGCCCCUGGCCGUCUCGCCUGCAGACUGCUGCGUCCACUGCAUCCUGUCCUGCCUGUUCUGCGAGUUCCUGACGCUGUGCAACAUCGUCCUGGACUGCGCCACGUGCGGCUCCUGCAGCUCCGAGGACUCGUGCCUCUGCUGCUGCUGCUGCGGCUCCGGCGAGUGUGCCGACUGCGACCUGCCCUGCGACCUGGACUGCGGCAUCCUGGACGCCUGCUGCGAGUCGGCCGACUGCCUGGAGAUCUGCAUGGAGUGCUGUGGGCUUUGCUUCUCCUCCUGACCCGCGGUGUCCCCGGCUGUCACACGAGGCUGGACCGCCCCCUCCCCCGGGCCUCUCCCACCCUCCCCGAGCCCUCUCGGAACCCCAGCCCGGUGAGAGUGCGGUGCCGGUCCUCCUUGCUGGUUUCCCUGGACAACAGCACCUAAGACCUGGGGGGAGGGGGGACCGUUCCUGGCUCAGCUGCCAGGGCUGCAGAACACUGUGAAAGUUGGGGGAGGCGGCCGGGACAUGGGGGAGGCUGGGGUGCUGGGGCUGUGCGCUUUUCUACCUCUCACUGCCCCUGUGCCUGCCUCCCCCCUCCCCUGCCCCCAGGCUUAGAGGACAACAAAAUGUGAAAAGAGACACCCCACCUGACCUCAGCCAAGCCCCUCCCCGGUCUAGCCUCCUGUGGGGCCUGACCCACACAGUGACCCCAGAGGGCAGGGCUGGGCUUGGGCCCAGGGUGGGGUGGGAGCGGGCAAAGGUAUAGAAAAGACUGGAAGGGGAGAGGGAGGGAAUGGAGGGAAGGUCUGUUCUAUUUGUUGCUGUAAAUAAAGAUAUGGGUCCGUCUCACA